AUGCUAACAUACAAUGAAUCUUCAGAUCACUGCGUGGAUAUGUUGCGUCAAAAACUAAUGUGCGAUGCCGAUGUACAUCUAGUCACAUAUAACUGGCUGAAAGGCCACGAUGCUCCGCAUCCCAACUUCAAUACGGCCAGGCAAUGUCGAAGCUUUGAAGCCGUCAAGCAAUAUGUCAUGGCCAAUGCCCUCGACGGCUCUAACCUACCUAAAAUGUACUUUGAAAAGCCAAAGGACGGUUCUGUAACGGAGUAUGAGGAACCUCCAUUUGAUCCUCUUGCCGAUGGAUGGCCAUCAAACCACCACUAG